UGGUGACCAUGGUUUGUGAAUUUAGCAAACAGUAUAGGCUAUAAUGUAGGACGACACGGAGCGCGCCACGGAUUGGAAAUGUAGGCAAAACGCAGGUCCUGGCAGAGUUGUGCAGACUCAGGACAACUGAGCUUUGGAGGAAUACGCAGAUUUAAAGAGGAGAUUUAGCAUUAGAGACCUGAAAAGAAUCAGAGGCUCCCCCCACUGGCGGUGGCUGGGAUCACUUUAUUGUUUUUGACUAGUGGAAGACACAUUCUUACUGGUUUAACAAAAAUAGAUGGCUAAUCAAACUACUGGAGAACACAUGCUUGAAGUUGCUAGGUGAGGUUUUGAUUGGCUGAGGUUUGAGAAGCACGACCUCACAAAUCAGACCACAUGGAGGUCAAAGGGCGCCUCAUCACAUCCAUGAGUGUUGGGGCUCCAGAUCAGGACAGCAAGCUGCAAGCUGAACGCAUCUCCGCACUGCAGGAGAGAAAGCAACUCCUGGAAGACCUCCUCACCAGCCGAGUGGGAGAGCUGAGACAAGUGUGUCUGCUGGAGGCGGAGCUGACCGGGAAGGUCCCACAUGUUUUCCCCCUGGAGACAGGAGAGAGAGCUCCCGUUGUACAGCGCAGGGCUGGCCUGCCACAUAACAACACCAGGGGAGAGGAUGAGACAGGUCAGCGAAGGCAGAUGAAAACAAUCUUCAGUGGUGCUCUGUACAGGCACUCAGAGUCAGACAGGAAUGUCCCCAACAGCAGGAGGACCGUUCACCGGGGAUGCCACACAGAGGACACGGUGAUGUCAGAGAGCACUAGCUCCAUGUCAGAUUCAACAUCCCAUGACAACGAGGAGUCCUCUCCCAGUGUGGCAGCAGACUACCGCUCCAUGUCCCAGCCCCGUCUGUCCCUGGGCAGCCCAGACCACCAGGUCUGUAGGAAACUGUCCCCAGUGGAGAUAUACUAUGAAAUGAGGACGCGCCGUAACUCUGUGACCAGCUCCAUCAGCCCUAGUCAUUCUCUACCAAGGAGUACAUCUAAUGUUGAAGGCAGAAGUGUUCCUGCUACCCCCCUCAUCGCCCGGACUGCCCCAAUCAGUGUUCAUGUCAGAUCGGAUGGCUCUGGUGGGAUUGCACUAAAGCAGUGGUCUGGCAGCCUGGAUGUACCUCAUAUGGUGCCCUUAACCCAGGAAGGCUCCUCCUCGGAGCGCAGAGGCUGCCCGUACAGCUCCCGUGCCCGGCGGAGCAACAGUUCUGAGGCCUUGCUUGACCGCUCCAGUCUCCCCGAGGACCCAGGCCCCAGGAACGGGAUGCCCGCCAAAGGAGGGCCUUACAAAAGCUCUGAGACCCUCACUGAUGGCAAGCUGAGGCACAUCCACCUGGGCAGUCCUGAGAGACACUUGGACGGCUCUGUGGAGCAGGGCAACAGGCUGUCCAUGGGUGGGAGAGGAGAAGCAGGGGGAGGGGGUUACAACGAGCUCCUAAUGGAUUACAUCUGGGGGAAGCAACAGAGGAUUCAAGUGCAACACCAGCUGUACCAAUCAACAGGUAGAAUCUGGCAGGACAUUUCCUCUCCUCGAUCGUCCACUGCUGCAGUGCCUCCUCAAGCCAACGGCUUCUCCCUAUCCCAGGUGCAUCUACCCAGUGCUGCCCCACCCUACAGCCCCAUGGUGAUCCGUGGCUCCCAGGCUGAGCCUCACAGAGUCAAAGUCACGCGGACCAAGUCCUGUGGACCCUUCAUCCCCCUGCAGCAUGACACCAUCCUGCUCUCUGCCUAUGAGUCUCCCCACCCUGCCCCAAGCUCCACUACCUCCUCCAUUCCCAACCUGCACCCCUACCAGACUGAGCUGUCCGGCCCCUCAUUCAAUCACAGGCCUCCCCAGUUCUCUCGCCCAACCCCGGAGGACUCGACGAGGAGUCUACAUAAAGCUCUGGCGCUGGAGGGUCUCAGAGACUGGUACCUGAGGAACGCCCUUGGCUACCCUACUACCACAUCAAAGGGGCAUGAUUCAGGGGUCUCCCGCCUCUCACACCCCCACCCUUUGGUGCACCAGGCUCAGUCUAUACAAGGUGAUCCACUCCAUAGGUCCCAGAUGUCUCAGUCAGCCAGCUUCCAUGGCCACCCACUGCAUGGAAGGUCAAUGGAGUUCUCACUCUAUCAAGAGCCCGUUCAUCCUCAGAUGCAAGACAUGACUCCGAAGGAGCCCAGCGCUGACCCUGGCACGUUGGUCUAAUGUAGCUGAAUCAUUUUUUAAACACAUACUUGCACACACACACACACACGCACACGCACACGCACACACACACACACACACACACAGACAGAGAGAUCCAGACAAGGUGAAAGGAGCUGAUAUAAGGUGACCUCACAAGCUAAAAAAAACACAUUACAACCCCAGCAGAAAAAGACUGUAAAGCCGUUCUGAAUGCCCUGUUAUUCUGUAGCUACCGUAUACUGUAUUGUAUUCUAUCGUUGGUCAGACCCAAGCCACAUGUAACAAACAUCCUCCUUGUUUAACCUAACAAAUCUCCCAAGAUAUAAUUUUUUUACAGAAUAUAGUAUAUGUAUUCUAAAUAACUAUUUUGUAUCUUAUGAGGUAUAAAGAAUAGAUAUAGAACAGGUCAUUUAUUGCUCAUUAGUCUUGUGAUUUACAAACAUAUGUAAUGAACUCAUAUGAUCUAAAAAGUAUUUAGACACCAGUGAAUGUGUAAAUGUACAUGUUUGUAAAGAUGAAUAUAUUACAUCUGUCUUAUCUUUUCAUCUGUCCAUCAAACAUGCAUUGGCUUGCUAUUUCUCAUUUUUGUUAAAUGAAUGGGGACUUACAUUGCAAUAUCGUAGACUGAGGAACAGGAGCUGUUGCUCUGUGUUUAAAACAGAACCCUACCUUUUGUAAAAACGUUAGUGCUUUCUAAUAAUCUGCAAUGCUAACACUAAUCCUUUCAAAGCUUGGUCUUCAAUCAACAAAUGAAAGUAAUGCCUGUUGUUGCCAAAUUGAGUUGUUUCAUGCAAUCUCAUUUUUCUGCAUUUUUUGAGUCCAGCUGCUGAAAGUCAUAAUAGUAAAGUUCAGAGGGCUUUUACUGGUCUAGGACAGUCGUUUAAUGAACUUUCUAGUCAUUUUUAUUCAUUCAGUUGCGUAGCAUGUUUUCCUUCAGAGCACUUUAUGAAUGUCAAAAGCCUUAACCCCUCAAAAGCAAGUAGAACAGUGGGAUGGGACAUUUUCCCCAAGAGAGAACACUUGAAAACCAGAAAAUGGUUGACAGGGUAUCAAGUUUGAGCAAAUAAGAAAAUGUGUGGCCCAAUUGGACAUUCAAGAUCAACAAUAAACCACAUAUUUGGAUCUGUAUAUAUCAUGAUAAUAAGAAAGAUUUGACAAUAAAUUCCUUUUAAAAGGAUCUAACAAGAACAGGGCUAGGGAUGGCACUGCUGAAUGAUGGCAUGAGCAGGCCUUAUGUCAGAACUGUGCUAGUAGGAGAUUCCAUUUCCAAUGUAUCAUGUUGUCAUACGCUACUACUAGUGUUGGCACAAUGUUAUCAUAAUGAUAAAAAUAUUUUAAGUCAUUAAUGCCACCACAAUUCAAGAACGACCCUUUUAUAAGCUUCCCAUGAUGUGCUACGUGACCAAAACUAUGUGGACACCUGCUAAUCGAAUGUCUCAUUCCAAAAUCAUGGGCAUUAAUAUGGAGUUGGUCCCCCCUUUGUUGCUAUAACAGCCUCCACUCUUCUGGGAAGCCCUUCCAAUAGAUGUUGGAACAUUGCUACAGGGACUUUCUCCCAUUCAGCCACAAGUGCAUUAGUGAGGUCGGGCACUGAUGUUGGGCGAUUAGACCUGGCUCGCAGUCAGCGUUCCAAAGGUGAGCGAUGGGGUUGAGGUCAGGCCUCUGUGCAGGCCAGUGAAGUUCUUCCACACCAAUCUCCACAAACCCUUUCUGUAUGGACCUCGCCUUGUACACGAGGGAAUUGUCCUGCUGAAACAGGAAUGGGCUUUCCCCAAACUGUUGUCACAGAAUUGGAUGCACAGAAUUGUCUAGAAUGUCAUUGUAUGCUGUAGCGUUAAGACUUCCCUUCACUGGUACUAAGGGGCCUAGCCCAAACCGUGAAAAACAGCCCCAGACCAUUAUUCCUCCUCCACCAACUUUACAGUUGGCACUAUGCAUUGGGGCAGGUAGCAUUCUCCUGGCAUCCUCUAAAACCCAGAUUUGUCCGUUGGACUGCCAGAUGGUGAAGCGUGAUUCAUCACUCCAGAGAACGAGUUUCCACUGCUCCAGAGUCCAAUGAUGGCGAGCUUUACACCACCCUAGCCGAAGCUUGGCAUUGCGCGUGGUGAUCUUAGGCUUGUCUGUGGCUGCUCGGCCAUGGAAACCCAUUUAAUGAAGCUCCAGACUAACACUUAUUGUGCUGACUUUGCUUCCAGAGGCAGUUUGGAACUCGGUAGUGAGUGUUGCAACCAAGAACAGAUGAUUUUUAUGCACUACGCGCUUUAGCACUCAGCGGUCCCGUUCUGUGAGCUUGUGUGGCCUACCACUUAGCUGCUGAGCCGUUGUUGCUCCUAGACGUUUCCACUUCACAAUAACAGCACUUACAGUUGACCGGGGCAGCUCUAGCAGGGCAGAAAUCUGAUUAACUGACUUGUUGGGAAGGUGGCAUCCUAUGACGGUGCCUCAUUAAAAGUCACUGAGCUCUUCAGAAAAGGCCAUUCUACUGCCAAUGUUUGUCAAUGGAGAUUGCAUUACUGUGUGCUCGAUUUUAUACACCUGUCCAUAAUGGUUGUGGCUGAAAUAGCAGAAUCCGCUAAUUUGAAGGGGUGUCCACAUACUUUUGUAUUUAUAGUGUAUGUGCUUGUCUGUUCUUGUGUAUCAUAGGCUCAUGAUUAUACCAUUAUAAAAGUGCAUCAUUAACUAAAUUAAUGGUAGGAAAGGAAUAUCUCUGGAAUAAUAUUGAAAGUGUAAGUGUAUUUCUUCAUUGAUCAUUAUGGUGCAAAACUGUCAUCUGAAAACAAAAAAAGUAUGUACGUAGCUAAUAAUGAUCUUUCAUUUUUACUGAGGAUAAUAGACUCAUGAAUGCCAUGGCUUUUCAUCUAUUGACAUGUUUUACAGCUAAAAAUGUUCCUUUCUUCUCAAGUACCUUUAGUGGAAUGUUAUAUGGUUUUAAAUGUUGCUGUUUUCCCAUUCAGUAGUUAGUGUGUGAAAUUCUUCCAGCUAGUCUAAACCUGAAACUGAUGACCAAACUGCUGUGCAUUGGGGGUCGUAAAUGUAUUUUUCAGGUGAUGUAACUUAUGUCUGUAAAACAUAAAUGAAUAUACACUCAGCUCAAAGCAAAUUUAUCCAGAAUAUAUAUUGUAUAUUUAUGAACUUAUAAUAUUUUGUAUCUUUUUGUGAAAUACACUUCUGUCAUAAAGCCCAUACAAUUCUCAGCACCAGCAAGAUAAGUGUGGUGUUAAUUGACAUUUACAAAUGUAUUCGUUUUUCGAUUUUUGGAGUAAUGCCACAAAUGAGUUAUAUUGAUUGACUGGAAUGAGUUGAGACAUGUUUUUUUUCAUCCCAUUACACGAUGACCAUAUUUCAAAGGGGUGAGACAUACUGUACAUUUUCUGUGGGAGGAGGAUGGGGUGCAUUCAUUGAUCUUUUUUUAAUAAAGUGUAAUCAUGAUUAAUUAAACAUGUUGAAAUGGAAUCAUUCAAAAAGAAAACUACAGUAUAUUGAUUUUCAUGUAUUUACAAUGUAAUGACUGUGAGUGAUUUGCCUCAGUUAAAUAAAAUAAGUAUCAUAG